AUGAGCGCUUCUCAGAUCAGACCGCUGGUCAACCAGCAAGAGAUCGUUCAUGCAUACCGUCAUCUCUACCGACAAGGUCUAAAGGCCAUCAGAUAUGCGGCCCCGAGCCGGCAUGUCCUUCGAACUACCUUGCGGACGUCCUUUCGAGCUUCUCCACCUGCGGAGUUCAACCCGUCAAGAAUCGCCAACACUCUCCGGUUUCUUGAACGCGCCGCCGACAUGACGGGUCUAGAACACAAGAUUUUCAAGAACUUGCUACUAUCUCGGUAUUGGGAACUGCCGCAGAUUGCCAAAGAGAGUCGCAUUCUACGAAGCCUUGGACUUGGCAACGCAGAGCACCAACUGCGGAAAAGUGCCUAUGACCAACUUAAUUUGACAGUGGAGCGCCUGAACGAGAGCCUAGGGACGUGUCUAAAGUGA